UAACACUCCCGAGAACACUUGGGUUGCUGAAGGAGUUAAGAUGCCUCUUCCCAAAUCCUGGCCCUCCCCAUCCUUACAUCUGCCCUUGUGGGUUUAAUGAGAAAUUCAGGCGCCUCCUAAGAGACUGUGCAAAUAACUUCUGGGACGCCACUAACUCAUACAGCAGAAGGAGACCCAGAGCUGCCAGUGCUUCAGGAAAGAUAAGUGAGUGGAAAGAAAGUGGCUCCUAUAGCGUCAGGCAGACAGAAGAAUUUUGUGCGCUCUCCAACCCAACAAGGCCAGACAGAGGAACGUGGUCACUCUCUGAAAGGUUCAACUUGAGAGAGACGAAAUGCAGUGGGCCUCCCUCCUGCUGCUGGCAGGGCUCUGCUCUCUCUCCAGGGCCCAGUAUGAUGAAGAUAUCCCCUGGUGGCUCCACUACGUCCGCAGCCAGCAGCCCUCCUACUACGACCCCUAUGACCCUUACCCUUACGGGCCCUACGAGCCUUAUCCCUAUGGGGUGGAGGAAGGUCCAGCCUAUGCCUACGGCUCUCCACCCCCACCAGAGCCCCGCGACUGCCCCCAGGAGUGCGACUGCCCACCCAACUUCCCCACAGCUAUGUACUGUGACAACCGCAACCUCAAAUACCUGCCCUUCGUCCCCUCCCGCAUGAAGUACGUCUACUUUCAGAAUAACCAGAUCUCCUCCAUCCAGGAAGGUGUCUUUGACAAUGCUACUGGGCUGCUCUGGAUUGCUCUCCAUGGCAAUCAGAUCACCAGUGAUAAAGUGGGGAAGAAGGUCUUUUCCAAGCUGAGGCAUUUGGAGAGGCUGUACAUGGACCACAACAACCUGACCCGGAUGCCUGGUCCACUGCCUCGAUCCCUGAGGGAGCUCCAUCUUGACCACAACCAGAUCACCCGGGUCCCCAACAAUGCUCUGGAGGGGCUGGAGAACCUCACGGCCUUGUACCUCCAACACAACGAGAUCCAGGAAGUGAGCAGUGCAAUGAAGGGCCUCCGGUCACUGAUCUUGCUGGACAUGAGUUACAACCACCUUCGAAAGGUGCCGGAUGGGCUGCCCUCAGCCCUUGAGCAGCUAUACCUGGAGCAUAACAACAUCAACACCGUCCCUGACAGCUACUUCCGGGGUUCGCCCAAGCUGCUGUAUGUGCGGCUGUCUCACAACAGCCUCACCAACAGUGGGCUGGCCUCCAACACCUUCAAUGCCAGCAGCAUCCUUGAGCUCGACCUCUCCUACAACCAGUUGCAGAAGAUCCCCCCAGUCAACACCAACCUGGAGAACCUCUACCUCCAAGGCAACAGGAUCAAUGAGUUCUCCAUCAGCAGCUUCUGUACCGUGGUGGACGUCAUGAACUUCUCCAAGCUGCAAGUGCUGCGCCUGGACGGAAACGAGAUUCGGCGCAGCGCGGUGCCCGCGGACGCGCCCCUCUGCCUGCGCCUCGCCAGCCUCAUUGAGAUCUGAGCAGUCCUCGCACUGAGCGCGGCCCGCAGAGCCCCACUGCCCCAUUGCAUUUGGCUUGAUGGUUUGGUUUGGCUUUUGCUGGAUGGUCUGGGGUAGACCAUGUGACAGAACUCCACAGGCUCCCUCUUUAUUCUUCUUCCCUGUAGGCAGGGUUAGUGGGAUCGAGGGACAGGCAGCUGUUUGCUGAGGGACACGGGCGGGAGCUCUCUCUUUCCCGGGGCAGACUGGAGGUGGAGGCAGUAACCUCUGGAAGGCCCAACCCCCGAAAUCCCACUACCCAUAAAUUCUUCCCAAUGAUCCGGUGUCGUGGAACUUUACAUGUUGCUUAGGCUGUGGUACAUAAGCGUAGUUCGCUAACAAUCCCUGACCCUCUCUGUGAGCAUCUUGACAACUUUCCCCGCGUGCUGGGCUGGUAGUGCAGCUCCUCCGGGUUCCCUCUCGUUGCUCUUCAGAACAUACCUCUUGCCCAGUUGUCUCCGCCUAAUCCACUUCGGCCCCUCAACCUUCCUCUGCAGAUGCCUGUUCUGUCCUUAGACAGAGGCAGGGGACCUCAGGAAUGUGAGCAUCCACCCAGAGACCUGUACAAAGAACCCCCACUUUCCCUGAGUUUGGGAGGAUACCAACAGUCACCUCUACGCCUCCCUAAUCUCGCUCCUUGAAAGCCACUAAAUUGAAUGUCACCAGCAUGAUGACAAUAUUCAUGGCCUGAUGCAGGAGGAGGCAGCCAACCUUAGGCUUAGAUAAAUUCAUAGAGCUGUAUGUACUCUCCCAUCAGGGCAGCUCUUUGAAGGUGGAUCAGACCUCGAAUGAGGAAAGGCAAGCUUUGCUUGUCAUCAAUAUCCAUAAUGUGGGCAAACACACCUCAGAUUGGCUGACCUGAGGAAGCAGCCCAGGAGUUCACACUUGCCAGCACUCGCCCUGCAUUCCCAACAACAUCCUCAAAGGUGGAGUCCAUGUGGUUUCCAAACCAUGAACAAGUUAGUUUGACCUCUCCUUUUAUCCAAGUAGAAAGCUCCUAUCUCCCCAAUGGGAGGGACAGGCCCCAAUCAGCCCUGGACCUGCCCGCUAGCUUAAAGCACAAGGGUGUGGUUAAUCAAUAUUGAAUGAUUUGUCCUAAGGCCAGUCACCCAAUCUUGCCUGGGCUGGGCAUGAAGCCCACGGCUCUCAUGUCUCUGAGCUGCACCCCCAGGACUGAAGAUGCCUGUUGCUUUAUGAUUGGAGUGGAGAGUAAUUAGUUCUACCAUUUCUGAAAGGUAAAGUUGCUCGGAGCCUAACCCACCUGCUUUUUUGGACACUGUUGGGAUGGAGCCACCUGGGCAGCCAGGAUAAGAGUUGGCCCAAGUCUGAUCCCUGCCCAGCUGCCAUUAUGUCCCUGGUACCAUAUAUGCUUCGGAACAGCUUCCCUGAGAAGGGUGUGGGGGAAUCCUUGGACUCUGUUCUUGGCUCCAGACCCCGAAAUCACAAAAGCCAAACCAGCUCAUUUCAACAAAUGAGCUCUAACAGGAGGGCCAAGGCCGUCCUCUGCUUUAGGGCUCUUCAGAAAGCGUCUGCAUGUGAACACCAUCAUGUCCCUAUACAGCAUCCUUGUUAAGGAAAAGCAUGAGUGGUGGCUAACCUGACCAAUAAAGGUAUCUUACCAUUGCA